CCGAGCCCCUAUGAACGUCACAGAUAGUAGACUUGAGUUGACCCUUUGAUUUGGUAGGUAUAUAACCUCACACUAUGUGGAUAUCCUCAUAGGUUUUUGAUGUGUUCUUUUCGAUCGAAGAAAAACAAAAUCACCACAUGUACAGUUUAUACUUACCAACUAACACCAGAGCCACAAAAUCGCCUACUCGCAAGUCUGACUUUGACUUAAGGCCCACUUGCCAGUAUAAUCCAUAGGAAUUAGAGGAUACAUCAAUAGCGACCGGCAUGAAAAUGUCCGGGACGCAGUAUUCACCCCGGCCUUACGAGCCUACGCUAAGUCGGCCUAUGCGAUCCGCCGCUACAGAAAAGUCGUCGGACACAACACCGCUACUACCAAAGCAUGACCUCAAAGCUCCAGUACCGCCCGGGAUCACUCGUCCUUUUGACCUGCUUAUAAUCGUCGGGCUCUUUUUCUGUUGUGCAGCAAUCAUUGCUAUACCGUUGACGAUCAUUGGGGCCGUGUUACAAACGCUGCCACACUGGAUUUCGGGGGAGGAGGCACACUUCUCCGUAUGUAUAUGCCUUAAGCAAUACUUUGGACUCACAGCCUUCAUCGGCGCAGUGGGUUGCGUUAUGGAGACGACCACAUACGUUGAAUCUGCCAUAUGCAAGUACUUAUGUGGGGAGGGAAUGGGUGGUGUCACCAGCGGACCUUACUGCUUUCCCGUACUGGAAGUUUGGUGUAUAGCGUUGAUUAUCCCUUGGGUUGCUAUGCGUCCCUGGUCUUUAGAGGAGCAUGUCGGCGAGCACGAGAGAGUCUCGAACCAAGAAAACAAUACGGAGGAAAAAGCAGUUUGGGAGAAUGGGGAUAUCGUUUGAAGAGAAGAAUGUCGAUAGAUUUGAUGUUUGACAAGAAUAUUUAGAUUGGCACCAACUCGGCAGCUCGCCCGGUUGAAAGCGAUUUCAAACGUCAUUCAUACCUAAUAGAAUCA